GCCUCUAGGUAAGCGCCCGAUUCACAUUCAGCUGUUUCUCUUCUCCCAACCACCCCCACUUCAAGUUCUGUUUGCUUUCCAUGGACGGCUUUUCAGAACAUAGGACGAACAUAUUGGCUUGGGAUGUGGCAGAUGUUCAUGCGUGGUUCUGUAAGCUGGGCUUUCCGCAGUACGAGCAACAGAUCAGAGAACACAACAUUACAGGAGACGUGCUCUGCCUGCUAGAUGCAGAGAGCUUGAAGGAAGUCGGAAUUGCAACCAUUGGUCAACGGCUUGCGAUCUUGAAGGCGGUUUAUAACCUUAAGGUUGCAAAUAACAUCCCUAUCGAAGCCGACCACUACGUUCCGCCGUCUGAGGCGGAGGAGCGUCAAGAGCAACCGAAUGUCGAGAAGCUCUACAAUAUUUUGCGGGAGCAAAGCGAUCGACUACGAACUUUGGAGGAUGAGAAUCGUCGCCUAAGUGACAGUCUAAGUUCAUGUCUCGACGACAUCAGCAGCGUGAGGAAUUCAAUACAACUUAAACCAAACGAGGGUAGUAGUCCUGUUACCCGCCAGUCAUCUUUCAAGUGGGCUUCGUUCGUCAAACCUUCUCGUUCGCCAACAAAACCGACGCCCACGCCAGAGGUAGUUGACUCUCCUCAAAGCUCACCGCAACGGACAGAAUAUGACUUCAACUCCACUUCUUCUCGCGCUGGCGCAGCGUCGGCUUCUGAUAAGGGUAGACAGCAACCCUCUUCAUCCAGUACUCCUCCUUCUUCAUAUCCCUCGAAUCUUGGCGCUUCUACUAGCAACUCACAGCUACCUCCACCACCGCCAUCACAUCCGAAGCCACAACGACAGGAAAGUUCGGAUAACCUCAAGAGCUUCAAGGUCAGCCUUGAUGAUCCUGCCUGGAAGGUUCUUCCGGCUGCGCUCAAGAAGUACAAGAUUAACAACGAUGACUGGCAAAACUACGCAAUGUUCAUUUGCUAUGGGUCUACAGGUAACCGUAUUGAGCGUUGCUUGAGUUAUGACGAAAAGCCUUUGCUACUCUUUCAGAAGUUGAAGGACGCAAAGAAGAAUCCCGUGUUCAUGCUAAAGCACAUCAAGGACAUCCGUUCACCCAUCGCCGUCGCUCAACAGAAACAAGCUGCUCGCAAGGCCAAUUCGGAGACGUCGUCUGUCAAAUCACCACCACUUACAGGGUCGUCUGGUUCGGCACACGGACAUGGCACUAACCCGGCACAAGGACAGACUUCACAAGACUUGCAGCGCUCGCGGCCACCAAUGCUUCAAGUUAACAGUAAUCUAAACUUGACAAGUGUCGCGCCUGGUUUGAUGACUGGCGUGCCAAACGCUCAGCCUGGAUGGCCCGAAGUCAUGUCACCUUCAGUGGAACACAAAGACAGGGCGGAUGAACACUUGGCAGAUGGCCCCAAAACGAAUGCACACGGGGAUAGCAGCGAUCCACCUUCUGUUGCCAGAGAGAUACCACCAUCGACAGGAGUUUCAUAUGCCGUGGCUAUCUAUCCAUAUAUGGCAGAACAAGAAGACGAGUUUGAUGUUGUUGUUGGCGAUACCUUCAUUAUUCUUUCUCGCGCGCGAGGCUGGUGGGUUGUGCAGCGCGAUCCGGCUGGGUCCGGACUGGUCGAACCGGAUAUGUCAAAGCAAGGCUGGGUCCCUGCAGGUUGUCUUCUUGAAACCAGUGUUCCUGUCGCCACUGCCAUUGCGGAAGCGACUACAAGGGGCCACUCUUCAUCGGAUGAAACACCGCCUUCACCGGCGGGUAAGACACCAAUAUUACCACUGAGCAUAUUGUCAACAAGCUUCCCUGGGAUUGCUUUGAUGGACUACAAGAAGAAAGGCGAGGAAGAACUCGACCUUGCAAAGGACGACAGCUUGCGAGUGUUCAAGCGAUAUAACCAUUGGUCUUACGUGUGUACCUUUUUUGCUCAGGCUUCCUUUAUGUUUGAGUUCUCAUCAUUUAUUCUGGGAUAGGCUGUGAAGGAAGAAAGUGGAGAUCGCGGAUGGGUACCUUCAUGGUACAUUGGCAAAGUGCCUACUCAGUCUGGCGUCCCUCCUACACCAAGUACAAGUGGUGCACCACAUAACCUCACCUCGGCCUCGUACUCUAUGGAUGGCGACUCGCGUUUCAACACGGACGCCAUUCAGCAAGCACAAGUCUCACCCAUGUCGUCUGCAUUCCCUCCCAUGCAACGUACUGCUGCCGUCGUUUGAUAGGCUGCCUUAUUCUUCAUUUGGUUUCCGCUGUUCAUUUCCGGUUUAGUUUGGAUGGUUUCUCAUCUUGCAUAAUGCUCUAAUACGCUCUUUAGUAUUGUUUGUUCUUUCUUUCUUUUUAUUACUUGGGUCUGUUCGUUUCUUUGAUAGGGUCUGAGACUUAUUUCUCCCCUGACUAAUGCUGGUUCGUUCACUGUGGUUUCUUCGCAUUCAUUUCCCCCCCCCUCUCUCUCUCUCUCUCUCUUUCUCUUUCUCUUUCUCUUUCUCUUUCUCUUUCUCUUUCUCUUCAAUAUUAAGUAGCUCUCAUUGACCCUGUGGAUUGCAUCUCACCCGUUCGUUCACUCCCUUUGUAUCUAUCACUUAUUCCUGUCAACUUGGAUGACCAAGUUCACUCUUCACUCCCUCAAUCUCUUCAGCCUUCUCCUUGCACAUCCGCUUAGUAUGUACCAUUAUCAUUUCACAUUCGACCUUGACGAUUGCAAGUAUUGGACCCCCACACUGAUUGCACGUUGUGCAUAAUAUAGGAUAACACCAAAUCAUAUGCAUUUCAAACAAACGACUGUAAAAUACACAUAAUGAGGGAUAUCGAGAGAGGCAUAACAUCAUACAAUCAUC